AUGCGGAUCGAGUCCUGUUACUUCUGCGGCCGCCCCGCGUAUCCCUCCAAGGGCAUUACCUUUGUGAGGAAUGACGCCAAGUCCUUUCGCUUCUGCCGCUCGAAAUGCCACCGCAAUUUCAAGAUGAAGCGCAACCCGCGCAAGCUCAAGUGGACAAAGGCCUACCGCAAAAACGCCGGCAAGGAGAUGACGGUCGACAGCACCCUGCUCUUUGGGGCCCGCCGCAACGAGCCCGUCCGCUACAACCGCGACCUCGUCCAGAAGACGCUCGCCGCCAUGCAGCGCAUCAGCGAGAUCCGCGGCCGCCGCGAGCGCGUCUUCUACAAGCGGCGCAUGGCCGGCAAGCGCGAGCGCGAGCUGGCCGUGGCCCGCGAGCUCGUCGCCAAGAACGAGCACCUGCUGCCGCGCAUGCGGGGUAGCGAGAAGAAGCGCCUCGAGGAGCUGGCUAAGGAGCAGGGUGUCGACGUGGACGAGCUGGUCGAAGAGCAGAUGAAUGCGGCGACGACGAAAACCAAGGCGUUUGGCGGUGAGAAGAAGAGACUACGGGUCCGGAUCGACGGCGACGUGGAGGAGGUGGAACAAAUGGACAUGGACUAG